AUGGCACCGUUUGAGGCACUGUAUGGUAGGAGAUGUAGGUCUCCCAUUGGGUGGUUCGAGGUCGAAGAAGCUGAAUUAAUAGGACCGGACCUUGUGCACCAGGCCAUGGAGAAAGUCAGAAUUAUUAUGGAAAGGUUGAAGACUGCUCAGAGUCGCCAAAAGUCUUAUUCGGAUGUCUGUUGUAUGGGUUUGGAGUUCAAAGAAGUCUUUUAUGUGUCUAUGCUGAAGAAAGUAGUGGGAGAUCCGUCCACCAUCGUAUCAGUUGAAACUAUUGAGGUCAAUGAAGAACUGUCCUACGAAGAAGUUCCAGUCGCCAUUCUUGACCGGCAGGUCCGAAAAUUAAGGAAUAAAGAAAUUGCCUCCGUAAAGGUGCUAUGGCGAAACCAACAGGUUGAGGAGGCCACUUGGGAAUCCGAGGAAGAAAUGAAGAGGAACCAUGGUUAG